CAAGAUAUCAAACUUGUGUAUAAAUACCUGGUCUUCAUCGAAACAAGUCUAUCGAUAAUAUACUCGGACAUACGUGGACUUGCAUCUUCACUUACAGGCCUCACACAUCACAACAGCACUACUACAGCCGAUACAGCUGAGACUUCUUCCACGAUGGAUGCCGCAGAAAACUGGAAUGGCCUCGGUGACUACUCCCUUUUCUUGCCAGAGGAUUCUUUUAAUCUGUUCGGAGAGUACGAUCUCGAUCUUGGCUUGAAUAAUUCCUUUUUGCCAGCCCUCGAUGAAGCCAGUGCUACGUUCGACAUAGCUGAAUGGGAUCAGAUUGAAGCCAUGAUCCCAGCCCUGCCUAGGCUUGACGCCACACUACCAACUUCCGGAGAACCGCAAGACUUGAUCCCGAACCCAGAAGCAGAGCUCCAAGCGUCCAAGUAUACUUCCACAUCUUCUCCAAGUUCAGCUCGAAGCCCAAUUUCCGAGGAUCAGACGUCUACGGAUGGCUUUCCAGUAUCCGGAAAAGAAGUUGAACAUCAAACGAAGACUGAAUUGAGAAAAAGAGAGUUCUUGACAGCAUUUUCCGUAGAAUCUGGGGAGGAGAUUCAGCUGCACACCCGAAAGCGAUUUUCUAAAGAACAGCGGCAAGUAGUGGCACUCAACAGAAUAAUCGGAGUGUGUCUUCACUGCCGACUACGGAAAGUUGCUUGCGACGAUGGAAUUCCAUGCAAUCGGUGCAUUAAACGCGCGGGAAGUAUCUCCUCCGGGCAGGAGAUAUGCAUGCGCAGAAGCUUGGUUGCUACACGGUUUGAUCACAUAGGUAGUGUCUUCAAAUUCUCUUGACAAAUAAUACGCGCCCUUCUAAGAACAUUCUAGACUUGAUCAGAAUCGCCAGCGUAGAAUAUACGGUGAGCAGAUUGCCUCUCCCGGCCGAACCAGAACUCGAUGGCUCGGGAUAUAUUUGGUUUCCCGAUUCCCACAACAGAUAUAACCCUGAAGCAUAUAUCAAGGUACCAAUUACUCAUUUGAAGCAAGAUGGCUUUCAACGCCGUAGGGUAAUUCUCGCAGCGGAUUACUACUCGGGAACCUUCCACGACUUGCCAAAUAUAAACCAAGCGAUUGCCCCGGAAUCAGUUCCUUCGACUGAAAGAUUGCUACAAGCGUACCUUACUUCAAGACAAAACUUCUUACCAACGCCUAGUCCUUUUGCUAGGUUAUCCAAAGCUUUUCGUGACUUCGCAGAGAGCUACUGCAACAGCGCUGCGGAACUGCCUCUGGUAAGCAUCUGUUCUUGGAUUAGUGCGGGAUC